UUGCGUUCUGUUCUGUUGUGCUCUUCUUCAUUGCAUCACGAUUUUCCAGUGCCAACAGGUGUGAAUUUCGACUGUUGCGGAGCCGCUUAAGAACUUCGAGGUUGGAACAAAGGCGACUAACCUUGUCAAGAAAAUGAAGUCUUUUCCAUCAACAAGUUCCAACUGUGGCUCAUUUAUCAUGAUGGCACUAGCAGCUCUUUUGGUCUUGGAAAUUACAUCGACUAUUGUGGCAGCGUAUCCUGCAAGUUAUUCUGGCUACUAUUCACCAUUGGGCCUGGAAGAACAAAAUCCCGGAUAUGUCAAUCUACAACAAGCCAUUGCCAGAUUGAGACAGGCCUUUAUCGACAACAAUGAGCUGGAAAAUAAAAACAAUGUGGAGCAGUCCAUCACUGAUUUAAUCGAACUGAAUAAGGUCGCGUUCGAUGUAUGGUUUGGAAAUUAUUUGGAAAAGAUCAGAAUGAGGUCAGAUGAGAAUGAUGAUAAGCAUAUGGAAGCAAAGAGGUCUCAGAUUGCUGAAGUGCGAGGAACUCAACUUGACAGAUUCACUCUCGACGGUACUUUAAAAAGAACUGCUGAUUUCGGGUCAGAUCGAGGUCACACUGGUCAAAAGGAAUACGCAAUACGGUACUGGAGUCAUUUAGGAUAGGUUUGAUUUUGUGUUGUCAAAUAGUAUUUCUUAAGUUUAUCAUUUUAUGUAAAAUAUUUUAAUAAGAAAUACUUGCAUUGUGGCUAAAUUUAUAGAGGUCGACAAUAAAUAUAAAUUUUAAAUAUUAUAA